UUAUUUGGUUUGCUCCAAACGCGUGAGUGACAGCGUGGCGCUUGGAAAGUUUUCUCCCUCCACCCUAAACACACAACUCAAGUGAAAAAAAGGGGGCGACUUUUAAUCGUCUUUCAGUUGCGAAGGACGAGUGAGGAGGAGAAGUCGUGAGGACGAAAGUGAAUAUGAAAUAACGAAUUUCAGCAAGAUCAGGGUCGUUCGUAACUUGACAGCAGCGGCGUUGGAUCGAACUGUCAAUCAUGACGGAGAAACCUUCGAUGGAUGGCGACGAGGAUGGCGCAUGGCUGACUGAGAGUCAGUGUCAGUCUCAGCUCGCCCUCACUUCUGAUGCCAACGAAAUCAACGAUGGGGACCGGCCAGCCUGGGAUUCCAAGAUUCAGUACGUGUUGGCCCAGGUGGGCUUCAGCGUUGGCUUGGGCAACGUGUGGAGGUUCCCAUACCUUUGCCACCAGAAUGGAGGAGGGGCCUUCAUGCUGCUGUAUGUUUUCCUUCUGGUGGUGGUUGGCGUUCCCCUCUUCUUCAUGGAGUUGGCGGCCGGCCAGAGCAUUCGGCAGGGAAGCAUCGGAGUGUGGAAGCACAUUUCCCCCAAAUUCGCCGGCAUCGGCUAUUCUAGUUGCUUGGUUUGUUUUUAUGUGGCUUUGUACUACAAUGUGAUCAUUGCAUGGAGUCUUUUCUACCUGGGCAACUCCUUCCAGUAUCCUCUACCCUGGGAGAACUGUCCCAUCGACGUAGCUGCCAAUGACACAGUGAAAGAAUGCGCAGGAAGUUCCGCAACAUCCUAUUUCUGGUUCCGCAAAGCUCUGAACAUCUCGAAUUCCAUCGAGGAAUCGGGAGAGUUUAAUUCCAUCAUGACGGGCUGUUUGUUAGCCGCAUGGACCAUCGUCUCCUUGGCGAUGAUUAAAGGUAUCAAGUCAUCUGCAAAGGUGAUGUACUUCUCCUCAGUCUUUCCCUACGUGGUGCUCUUCAUUUUCCUCAUCAGAGGCUUGACGCUGGAUGGAGCAUUGGAGGGAAUCACGUAUAUGUUUUAUCCAAGACUGGAGACUUGGGGCAACAUGCAGGUUUGGCGGCAAGCUGCCACUCAAGUGUUUUUCGCCCUGGGGCUGGGCUACGGCUCCGUCAUUGCGUAUUCCUCCUACAAUCCGGUCCAAAACAACUGCCACAGGGACGCUCUGAUGGUCUCGGGCAUCAAUUUCAUGACGUCUGUCCUAGCCUCGCUCGUUGUUUUCGUCAUCCUGGGUUUCCGGGCUAAAAACAUCGCAAAGGACUGCGUGGCUGAAAACGUUCGCCUUCUAAGCAACAUGUGGAUCCAGGAGGGCCGUCGCGGGUGGCCGGGGUUCAACUUGACCGAGCCAACAUCGCUGUCCGUCUCAGACUAUCGGGAGUGGUACAGCGGCUUUGGCGCCACGCUGGCUCUCAACCUCACCGAUUGCAAUCUGGAGGAGGAGAUGAAGAAGGGAGUAGAAGGCACGGGGCUGGCGUUCAUCGCGUUCACCGAGGUGAUGGCUUUGUUCCCAGCCAGCCCCUUCUGGUCCGCUCUGUUUUUCCUCAUGUUGCUCAACCUGGGCAUGAGCACCAUGUUCGGGACAAUGCAAGGAAUCCUCACCCCCCUCAUGGAUAAUUUUCCUCCGCUGGGACGCCACCGCACCUUACUCACUGUGUUCAGCUGCGCUUUGGGCUUCCUGCUCGGACUUCUUUUCACUCAGCGCUCGGGCAACUACUUUGUGGCCAUGUUUGACGACUAUUCUGCCACGCUGCCUUUAGUCAUCGUUGUCAUCUUUGAAACCAUCAGCGUCUCCUGGGUUUAUGGCACCGAUCGCUUCCUGGAUGACAUUGAAGAUAUGCUCAAAUGGCGCCCCCCAGUGGUGUACAAAUAUCUUUGGAAGUAUGUGUGCUUGCUGGCCAUGAUCGGACUUCUGGCUGCCAGUUUGUUGCGGAUGGUUUUUAAAAGGCCCACAUACACCGCCUGGAAUGAAAGCACGGCCUCUGAGAUGACUUUGGAGUACCCGGGCUGGGCUCUGGCUGUAAUCGUCUUGCUCAUAGUCUUUGCCAGCCUGCCGGUACCCAUCGGUUACAUCCAUUCAAUCCUGCGGCGCCGCAGGCUACUCCGCGGCGAGUCCGUGGAGGAUGUUGGGAAGGAGGUCGACCGCGACAUGUACACCAAGUGCAGCUCUAUCGAACAGCUGGAUCUCAGCUCAAAUCUAGCUACUCCGGAGGAGGACGGCAUCCGUCCCAGGACGACCUUCCUACCAGUGGGCAGCGAACACUAUCGUCUCUUGCCCCAGCAGGAGGAGGAGGAGGAGGAUGAGGAGGAGCAGGACACGGGAGUGUGAGGAGGUUGGGCGCUCGUCAGGGCGGAGGCUGUUUGGAAAAUGUUUCAAGUGUAGGUCCUCGGGGAGAGGAGAAGCAAGAUGACGCGGAUGCAGGAAGACAUGGCACUGUGAAGGGAGGAUAGCAAUGGACGCUACAGAUGCUUAGCUCAGGAAGCUACAUUGUUAGCAAGCCAAAACUUUUUUUUUUUUUU